AUGUUUUACACACACAGCUGAGAGAAAAGAGAGCCAGUCAGAGAAAAAAAACGACCUCAACCCUUCCCCAGUGCAGACAGCAGCACUGGCAAGCGCCGUCUCUUUGUUCUCUACGGGCUUUGACAACAAAAAAGUGAUAUUUAGACAUUUUAUUCCUCAAUGCCAGCGCGAAGAUUUACAGAGAUGGACUCAAACGGGACUGAGUACAUGGAUCAUUUUGGGUCCUAUGCAAAGAGAAGGAGGCAUGACAGUGAACAGUCUGUCCUGGAGUACACAGACCUGGAGGCAGCCGAGGCGUUGGUGUGUAUGAGCUCUUGGGGCCAGAGUCACUUCCUCGGCAGCAGCAGCAGGCCGAACCCCUGCAAGCCCAGACCCCUCACACCGGCUUCAGACUCCUGUGACUCCCUCAUGCCGCCAGAACUUCCAGAGCCCCCAAAGGACUUUGUGUCCCUCUCCUCCUUGUGUAUGACUCCCCCUCAUAGCCCAAGCUUCGUUGAGGCGUCCAGCACUGCUGUGUCCUCACAGCACUGUUCCGGCCUCCACCAACCUGCCCUGGCACCCAUUGCUGAAAAGACCCCCUCCCUCCCCCCUCAGCCACAGCCCUGCAGAGCCAUGGCGACGAGUGUCAUCCGCCACACCGCAGACAGCACCCCCUGCCAACACCACAUUCCAGUGGCCCCCGAUACAAAGAAAACAAGACACACAGUAAUGGCUGCGACACUCUGCCAGCAGCACCUCAUUACAAAAACUGAGCAGAUAACCACACCUCCAUCUCCCCCUGCUCCUCUCACACGCACAUUAUCAGCCUCAGGAAUGGAGCAGCAUGCCAGUCUCUCAAAACUCUAUUUGAACAGUGUCUCCACCCCCACUCCUGUCAAUAUGCAAAUGCGGAACGGCCCCCCUGCUCCCACGACCCUGUCACUGCCCUCAAUCCCCAGCCCUCAAAUCAUCUGCCAGAUGUUCCCCGUCAGCAGCCAAUCGGGUAUAAUCUCAGCCUUCAUCCCCGGUGUUCAAACGUGCCAUUCUGGGAUUCGGACCACCACCACACCAAUCCUCCCCCAGCGCACUUCAGUAAACGGAGCCCCCGUCCAGCAGUCCCUCAUCAUGGGCUCAGCGGUGCCCCAGGGCACGGUGAUGCUGGUCCUCCCUCAGUCCUCUGUCUCUCAGGCCCAUCACUGCCCUCAGACUGUCAUGACCCUGGGCAACACCAAGCUGCUGCCCCUGGCCCCGGCCCCUGUGUACGUGCCAGCUGGGCCCAGCGGAAGUGCGGUAGCCACAAAGAUGGACUUUUCCCGCAGGAGAAACUAUGUCUGCAACUUCCCGGGCUGCAGAAAGACGUACUUCAAGAGCUCACACCUCAAGGCUCACCUGAGAACACACACAGGUGAGAAACCUUUCAGCUGCAGCUGGGACGGCUGUGAUAAGAGGUUUGCCCGCUCCGACGAGCUCUCCCGUCACCGGCGAACACACACCGGGGAGAAAAAGUUUGUGUGUCCCGUGUGUGACCGGCGAUUCAUGCGCAGUGAUCACCUCACCAAACACGCUCGCCGCCACAUGACCACCAAGAAAAUUCCUUCCUGGCAGGCUGACGUUCGUAGCCUGAACAAGAUGGUCGCCGGCAAAACGCCUGUCUCAAAGCCCGGACUUGCCACAAUCAGCAUGCUGGUACCUGCCGGCACCAAGUAGACUAUAAUCAUCCUACUUUCUACCAAGAUACCACAGGGACACAUGCAGGGAGCAGCCAAGCACACAAGGCUGCUGCUGUUUAACUCAUGGGAAUGAUAGAAAAAACAUGCACUGGACUCUUUUUUUCUCUCUACUGCUCAUUUGUACAAUUUUCUUUAAAGGAUUCUUUGUUUACUAUGAUAUUAAUGCACUCUUGCCAAAGCCUUUGUAUGAAGUUUGUCUUAUUCAUUUCACUUUCUCUAGCUCUCCUGCAACACUUUCUCUUUGUUUGUGUUGAUACUGAUAGAUAUACAUAUAUGUCUAUGUGAAUGUAUUGUUUGUUGUACUAUGAAAUGCAUUUAUUUGUCAUAUUUGGGAAAACAUGAUAAACAAUGUAAAUAUGAAUAUUAAUUAUCAGUACUUCGAUUGUACCAUAAUUAUAUCUCCCUGUCUAACUUUUCAUAUUAUUUAAUACAUAUUUGUAAUAAAAGAAAAAAUAUUAAAUGAGUCAAUCUUUGCUGAUUUUGUGACCUUUCAAAUAUCUUAUCCGGGAACAAAUAAAGUUAUA